AUCCGAUUCCCCAGUUCAUAUAAAUCCAUUGGCUUUGUGCGAAGGCCGAAGCAGGAAAGCCAUCCUUUUUCUUUCUCUCUCUUCGCGUAAGUCGUGCGCAGUUCGUGAGUUAGUUCCAUUGGAGUCUCUUCGAAAGAAAAAGAACAGGAAAGGGGGUCGGGAUCUCUGAGGCGACAUGGCGGAGCAGCUCACCGAAGAGCAGAUCAGUGAGUUCAAGGAGGCUUUCAGCUUGUUCGACAAGGACGGAGAUGGUUGCAUCACCACAAAGGAGCUUGGGACAGUGAUGAGGUCGCUGGGGCAAAACCCGACUGAGGCGGAGCUCCAGGACAUGAUUAACGAAGUGGAUGCUGAUGGUAAUGGGACCAUUGAUUUUCCUGAGUUUCUAAACCUCAUGGCUAGGAAGAUGAAGGAUACUGAUUCUGAGGAGGAGCUGAAGGAGGCAUUCCGAGUUUUUGACAAGGAUCAGAAUGGGUUCAUCUCGGCUGCUGAGCUGCGUCAUGUAAUGACCAACCUCGGGGAAAAGCUUACCGACGAAGAAGUGGAUGAAAUGAUUCGGGAGGCCGACGUUGAUGGAGAUGGACAGAUAAAUUACGAAGAGUUUGUGAAGGUCAUGAUGGCCAAGUGACGAUCUCCUCCUCGUCAAAACCAAGAGCUCAUUUUAAAAAAGGAAAAGCCAAGGGGAAAAAUGGAGAAGUUGGGGCGUGGGAAAAGUUGCUAUUGUAUUUAGUAUAACGGGUUCCGUGUAUCUUUUUGUUGCCUUUUUAACCAUUUCGUUUUUAUGGUUUUAAGAUUUAGACCUUUAAGAAGGGGGAAUGGAUGGGUAUGCUAUCCUUUGCUGCUGGUUGCUUGUUCUCUCUCACCCCCACUGUCUUGUUAUCUGUAAGUUUGGCAUUUCUAUUUAUUAACCCUCUUCUUUUUCCUUGACA